UAGAUAGCAUUGUUAUAGAUAACAUUAUUAAAAACAAUCUAAGAGAAAACCUUACAUAUUUAUUCCGUAAUAUGUUUUGUGUGUCAGCGUACGAAGCUUACCGGUCUUCGUUGGUUGUUGCUUUUAAAGAUUGAUACAUUUGAAGUCAGCAAAUCAUGGCUGGCUUCAGGCAGGAGAAUGUGGAGCUGUACUAUGAAAUGGGAGAGGAGUUAGGAAGUGGGCAGUUUGCCAUUGUGCGUAAAUGUAAAGAAAAGAGCACCGGAACAGAAUACGCCGCCAAGUUUAUCAAGAAGAGACGCCUGUCAUCCAGCCGACGAGGCGUGAGCCGAGAGGAGAUUGAGCGAGAAGUGAACAUCCUUCGAGAGAUCCAACACAGCAACAUCAUCACCCUCCAUGACAUCUUUGAGAACAAGACCGACGUGAUCCUGAUUCUGGAGCUGGUGUCUGGAGGGGAGCUGUUUGACUUCCUGGCUGAGAAGGAGUCACUGACUGAGGAGGAGGCCACACAGUUCCUCAAGCAGAUCCUGGAUGGAGUUCACUACCUCCACUCGAAACGCAUAGCACACUUUGACUUGAAGCCUGAGAACAUAAUGCUGCUGGAUAAAAAUGUGCCGAACCCCAGAAUCAAGCUGAUAGAUUUUGGAAUUGCUCAUCAGAUUAAGGAUGGAAAUGAAUUUAAAAACAUCUUCGGAACUCCUGAGUUUGUUGCACCGGAAAUUGUGAAUUAUGAGCCUCUUGGCCUGGAAGCAGAUAUGUGGAGCAUUGGAGUUAUCACAUAUAUACUCUUGAGUGGUGCUUCUCCGUUUCUUGGCGAGACCAAACAAGAAACACUUACCAACAUUUCAGCUGUCAACUAUGACUUUGAUGAAGAGUACUUCAGUAACACAAGUGAGCUCGCCAAGGACUUCAUUCGCCGACUGCUGGUCAAGGAUCCUAAGAAGAGAAUGACAAUCGAAGACAGUCUCCAGCAUCCCUGGAUCAAGGUGAUUAAGAGGCGUAAUGUUCGGCCUGAGGAGUGCGAGCGCAAGACAGAGCGCAGGCGUCUGAAGACCACCCGUCUAAAGGAGUACACCAUCAAAUCCCACUCCAGCAUGCCUCCCAACAACACCUACGUCAACUUUGAGCGCUUCUCCCAGGUCAUGGAGGAGAUCUCAGCAGCCGAGGAAGGUCUACGAGAGCUGGAGAAGAACCAGCGCUCCUGCGCUGAGGACGUGGCCGCUCUGCUCUCCAUCUAUGAGGAGAAAGAAAGCUGGUACAAGGAGGAGAACGAAAGCAUCGCUGCAGAUCUGAAUCAGAUCAAACAGGAGCUGCAGAAAGCACAAGCCCUGCGCAGACAGAGCCAAGAAGAGGCCCGUGCCGCCAUGCUGUCAGCCAAUGCCCUCAAACGCAAGUUUGGCCGGUUGGAGAACCGCUACGAAGUGCUCGCUGAGCAGAUGGUCUCCGAGGUGCGCUGGGUGGAAGAGCUGGUGCGCUCGAUUUCAGCUGAAAAUGACACUCGCAGCACCAGCGUGGCUUGAGCUGCUCUGUUUGUUUUCUGAACGCAGUGACUAUCUAAUAUCUUCGCUUGGUAUGUGCAGGGCAUAUAUAGAGUAUUAAACUUCGCAAUAAGCUUCAUGUAAGCCUGUAGAGUUCAUAUUACUCCUAGAACAAAAGCAUUGCAAAAUUAUAUUUUCUAUAAAUGCUGAGUGAGUGAGGGUGUGCAUGUGUUUCGCUUGUGCAUUGCAGUAUCCUUAUGUGAUGCCGGUCUGUUACAGCUGAAGCAAGCAUUUUAGUAUUUUUAAUUGUCACCUCAAAAAAUAUACAUGCUGGAUCAGUAGAUAAAAAUGAGUUUAUUUACAGUUCUAUUACAGCACUCAGAGCAAAGCAUAUUAUUAAUGUACAUUGUGACUAAUGCACUACACAGUCCUCUAUGAGGAAUUGAAAAAUCUCAAGAUGCCGGUUGCUUUUGUUGCUCUGCAUGUCCACUUUUCCUGUGCAAAUCGAAUUCUAAUUUUAUGAUAUGAGACAAAGAAAAUGACUUCUACACUUACGAUAGUCCUAAAUGCUGUCUUGAAUGAUCUGUAAUCUGUAAUUUACUUACCUUCAUACCAUUCCAAAUCCGUGUGACUUAUUUUCCCCUGUGGAAAACAAAAAUUCUAUUUUUAAAAAAUGUCUUAGUGUUUAUAUAGUCAUAGUAUGUUCAAAACAGUUGAAACAUUCUGUUCUGCAGAAAAAAAGGAAGUUUUGAGGUUUGGAACGACAUGAGGGUGAGUAAGUGAUAAAAUAAUUUUCAUUUUUGGGUGAACUAUUGCUUUAACGCUUUUCUUUUGUUCAAAACACACACUUCAAACAUUCCAUUUUUUAUAUGACAUUCCAUAUGCAAGUGAGCAUCAGUAUCUGGAAGUGGUUGUGCUCAUUUUUAGUCAAGUCAUAGCAAUAUUCAUAUCUGUUGGCUUACAGUACUGUACCUGUUAUUAUAUUGUUUUAUUUACAACAAGUUUCUAUAUAUAUAAAUAUACAUCAGAAAAGUCCAUUUAAAUAAAAGAAUUGAAGAAGA